AUGUGUUCACAGUCGACAAGUGCUCGAAAAAGCAAAUCACCAUUGAAGCUUCCAGUGAACCUGGAGCAUGUUCUUGGCUUUACAUCCGUUUCUAACGCAUUUGUUGCGCAAAAUCAGUCAAUGAUAGCUUAUGCUGCUGGUUCGACGAUUGUCCUUUACGACAAAGAUACAUUCAAACAAGAUUUCGUCAUCAACAAGACCUGUAGAACUAUAACAUGCAUGUCACUUUCAUCCGAUGGUCGAUAUUUAGCAACAGGCGAAAGCGGCCAUGAUCCUAAAAUACGCAUUUGGGAUCUAACUAGCGAUAGAAAAAAAUGCAUUGAACUAGGCGAUCAUCAAUUUGCUAUCGAUUCAAUUUGCUUUCUGAAAAAGACUAGUUGUUUCAUUUCAAUCGGUUCGAUACACGAUGGAAAGAUAUGCGUAUGGGAUUUUCGACGUAAAAUAAAAGUGGCUUCAAACAAAUGUCUAGUUUCUAUCCGCCGUGUGGUGUGUGCAGAAGACGGGAGCCGCUUUGUCACAGUUGGUGAACGUCAUGUUAAAUUCUGGAAUUUUACUCCAAAAUCAAUGGCGUAUAAUGUACUACUAUUAACCGGACAUGAUCCAAUCUUAGAUCAACUAAAAAAUAAUUGUUUUAUUGACGUUGUUUGUGGCAGCGGUAGCUAUGUUGAUUUUACAUGGGCCUUAAGUUCUACCGGUCUUCUAUGCCAAUUUAAUAAAGAACGAAAAUUACUUGUCCACAAAGAUUUACAAAUAAAAUCGAAUUGCUUAGCUAUUGGUGACUCAAAUCUUUUUGUCGGAUGUAAUGACGGCGUGGUUCACGUACUUUUAUCUCAAACUCUUGAACAUAUCACAAUAUCUAUACCGUUGCCGCAUUGUUUGGGUGUUGAUAUUGAUCUUCUCACAUCAACUAAUGGAAUUUCCAUUCCACAACAGUCAGCUAUUUCUUUUCCAGAUGUGAUAGCUAUUUGUGUAGAUGAAGUAAAAUCAUCAUUAGCGUGCUUCUAUAGCGACCAUAGUUUUUAUCUUUGGGAUAUAACAAAUAAACAAUCAGUAGGAAAACGUGACGUUCAUAUGUACCACUCUGGGCGUGGUUGGGCAAUGGAAACACAUUCUCGUCGAACUGACCAGUUAGCAUUAAUUACAACUUCAUCGGAUAAUACCGUGCGAUGUUGGUCAUUGAAUGAAGAGAAAACUGAUGUGUAUUCUGCUUCAUCACAAAGUGACAAUAAAAUUAGUGAGCAGUUAAUGAAGAUGAUCUAUAUACCAUCAGAUUCGAAAGAAAAAGGCGGUGGUCGUUGCAUGAAAAUCUCCCCUGACAGUUUAUCGCUAGCUGUUGGUGGUCAUGAUGGAAAUAUAUAUAUACUUGACAUGCAAACAUUCAAACAAACAUUAUGUAUCGAAGCGCACGACAGUGAAGUACUUAGCGUUGAUAUUGGUCGAUCGAUUGAUUUGAAUGUUACUCUUCUGGUAUCAAGUAGUCGCGAUCGUUUAAUUCACGUAUUCGACGCAUCAAAUAAUUAUCAACUAAUUACAACACUCGCUGAUCACACAGGAGUUGUAACUGCUGUUCGUUUUAUAUGUUCAAAUCUGAAAUUUGGAUUGAUCUCCUGUAGUGCUGAUAAAUCAUUGAUAUUUCGAUCAAUAUCGCGAAAUGAAGACGGUAAAUAUGAAUUCAGCCGUUUACGUACAGUUUUCGAACAUCAAAGACUUUCUGACUUGGUUGUCGAUUAUACAAACAGACACAUACAUACAACUUGUUGGGAUCGAAUUAUUAAAGUAUACGAUAUUGACGAAUGUAAACACAUUUUGACAUGGAAGGAUCCAACCGAGCAUCAUAGCGGCUCCUUGAUCAAAAUUGAUAUUGAUGUAUCGGGAAGAUAUUUAGCGACAUCUUGCUCAGAUAAAAAAGUUUAUCUUUGGGACACGAAAGCAUCCAAACACAUUGUAUCCUUAUGUGGGCAUUCAGAAAUUGUUACUGACGUCAAAUUUAGUCAUGAUGGACGUCGUUUGUAUACAAUAUCAGGCGACAGCUGUGUGUUUGUGUGGAAACUGGAGAUAGAAGAUUGUGCAUCGUCAAAAUGUCGAUCAAUAUCGAACAGGGAUGAGCAACAAACGAUUGAAGUCUUUAAAACAACACCACAGGUUGCAAAUUUGAAAGUAGUAAGUGUUACUGAGCUCUGCCAAGCAAAUGAAGACAAUCAGCAAAGUUUAUCAUCAUCUCCUGAACUUCCUUCAAUAGGUAGCGAACUUGAAUUGAUUAACUCACAAACAACAGAUGCUGAUAAUGAAGAAACAUUUAACAUCCCGAUUGCUCCAAGAGAAAAUAAAUCAGUUAUCUCUGACGAAGAUGAUGAUACAAAACCAAAUGAUACAGCUCGUGAGACUGAAAGAACGAGUUCGUUUUUCAAUGAAAACUAUAAUCCUGAAAGCUCACUCAUCAAUUCAUUGCAUUGCAAUGAAUAUUCAGCAUGUCGUAGAUUUCGACGACAAAACAGCAUCUCAACAGCGUUUUAUCAGUCGUUGGAACAAAUUGGUUCGUCAAAUAAAUUGUCAAUCGAAAUGAACCCGACAGAAAAUGAGCCAUUCAUGUCUAUGCGAUCAAGUGAAAGUGCAAACUGUGAAGCAGUCGUUGGUGACGAUGAAAAAACACGGAAAGAAUGUUGUCCGUCACUCACUUCUCCAUUGAAUAAUAUCACACAAAAUGAUAUACCAUCCUAUACAGAACAAGGUUCCGAUAUCGAUAUGCAGCAUGAACAAGUUGAUCCAUUAACUUUAGUAACUGAACCGACAAUCAACGACGCGAAAAACGAUGAUCCAAUCAAUCGUGAUCGUAUGUCGGUUGCCAACGAUCUUGCUAAGGAAAUCUUUGAAUGUCUGAAUAAAUUAGAUAAUCUGUAUGAAAUGGUUGCAGAAAGCUUAGACUUGCAAGAUGCGACAGUCAAGGAAUCAAUUGAAAGAACAUAUUCUGGUCUCUAUCAACAUAUUGCAAAUUAUCGACAAGAGUCAAAUCAACAGAGUUAA